AUGACGAAAUAGCAAAAUUCUCAAAAUGAUCAGAAGGAAAAGAAAAGGAAAGAAAGUAUUUUGGAUUUAUCGAAGUAUUUGGAAAAAAAUAUCAGAGUAAAAUUUGCUGGCGGUAGAGAAGCAUCAGGAAUCUUGAAAGGAUACGAUCCCUUACUUAAUCUUGUGUUAGAUAAUACAACCGAAUACCUUCGAGAUCCUGAUGAUCCAUAUAAAUUAAUACAAGAUACUAGAUUAUUAGGUCUCGUUGUUUGUCGAGGAACUUCAGUUGUACUCAUUUGUCCAGUAGAUGGUAUGGAAUCCAUUCCAAAUCCAUUUGUUCAACAAGAUGGUUGAUCGUGGAUGAAACAAUUUAUAUUUUUUAUUGUAAUCUUUGACAUCAUUUACAAUUGUCGCUAUUUUUUUUUAAUGUCUUUAUUCAUUAUGAAUUAACAAAAUAAGUA